CCAAGCCUUGGAACCGCCGGUUAUAGGCAGUAGGACUACCUGGGACAGGCAAACAGCCAUUUACCUGGAAAUGGUUGGGCAGGUUGCCAGAAUUACUAGGGCAGGCAGGUAAUCAUCCAGACAGGCCUGAAGCUGCCAAAGGUCACCUUAGACCACUGUGGCUCCAAAUUGGAGGUGGUCCUGCAGUUUGGCAGAGGCAUCCCUUCAGUGUACCACAAUGGGAGAGAUGACCCACUGACAGGUGGCCCUUGGGCACAUGGUUUUUAGAUAGAUGGUGUAAGGAGUAUGGGUAGUCCAUGGGAAUUGAGUUAGGGACACCUUCAGGGAACUGGAUGUUCACAGGGCUACCCUGGGUGGCUACAUAGUAUCGCAAGACCCCAGAUGCUCAGACCCCAAAAGCCAUACAGACCUUUCAAGAACUGGCCUCUUGAUCUCGAGGUCCUGUGUGGCUCCAAUGGCAGCCUCCCAGCUGGCCGCACUGGAAGGAGAGGGGCUGGAGACUGAGCCAGCCCUGACCAAGGCCAGCCCUGGCUUCUUGUACUCUGAGGGCCAGCGGCUAGCUCUUGAAGAACUGCUGAGCAGUGGGGAAGAGGCCUUCCGGGCCUGCGUGCAGCAGGAGAAGCUGCCCCCCUUUCUGAGUGCAGAUGAGGCUCAGGCCCUGGCUGCAGCUGCUGAAGACUGGACAGUACCAUGCCAGGAGCCAUGUGGCGCAGGCCCAGGGACUGCUAUCACGGAUGGAGAUAUUGGCAGCCUGACCUACUGGCCCGGGCAGUCUGAGGAGCCGGCACCUGUGCUGCGGCUGGGCUGGCCCGAGGACACUGCCUGGAAGGGCAUCACCCGAGCUCAGCUCUACACCCAGCCGCCAGGGGAGGGCCAACCACCUAUUAAAGAACUGGUACGCCAGGAGAUCCAGGCUGCUAGCAAGUUAGUGGCUGUGGUCAUGGACGUCUUCACCGACCCUGACCUGCUCACAGACAUGGUGGAUGCUGCCAAACGCCGCUGGCUACCUGUCUAUUUACUGCUUGACCGCGAGCAUCUGCCUGCCUUCUUGGCACUAGCCCAGCAGCUAGGGGUGAACCCCUGGACCACUGAGAACCUGGAUGUCCGGACGGUUCAGGGCCAUACCUUCCAGAGCCGCAGGCAAAGGCAGGUGAGCGGCCACGUGCGGGAGAAGUUCCUGCUGCUGGAUGGUGACAGGGUCAUCUCGGGAUCUUACAGCUUCACGUGGAGUGACUCACGCCUGCAUCGGGGCCUGGUGACCUUGCUCACAGGAGAAAUUGCGGAUGCCUUCAGCCAGGAGUUCCGUGUCCUGUACGCAGCCUCCAGUCCACUCCCACCACCACCAGCUCGAAGCCCCUUGCUCAGCCCUUCUGAGGGUCCACGGCUGCCCCGAAGCCCACACCAUGUGGCCCUGCGCUGUCCUGUGGCCCCUGUGGCCCCAUUGCUGUCUGACAAGCCUUUGGCCCACCGCCUGGCGGCCUGUCACAUCUUUGAGGGGAACAGACAGGAGACCCCCACCACCACAGGGCCAGCUCUCAGUGACAUCUUGAGGAGUGUCCACCGUACCAGGACAGCCAGUGGUCCCCCAACCAGGCCCAGCCGCUCCCUGUGGGACCUUAGUCGCCUGUCCCAGCUCUCUGGCUCCAGUGAUGGUGACAAUGAGCUCAAGAAGUCCUGGGGCCACAAGGAUACUCCAGCCAGGGCCCUGAUGAGGCAGAGAGGCACUGGAGGGGGACCCAGGGGUGAGAUGGAUUCUCACUCACUAGCCCGGUCACAGCCCUGGAGUGGCCCCCUCCCUGGGAUUCCAGCCCGCCAUCUGCGUUACUUAUCUCCAGCCCAAAGGCGGUUGGGAAACAAUGCUACAUCAGACUGGGCCUCUGGCUCAGGCCCUGGAAGGCACCGCUGA